CCCCCGCCCUUCCUCCUUUCACUUUCGCUUCCGCCCGAGCUCAGUCUCCGCCGCCGCCCGAGCAUGGAGGACCUGGACUGCGACUCGACCUGGGAGGAGGACGAAGAGGAGGACGGCGAGAGCCCGAGCGCCGGGGGCGACGAGGAUGACGAGGCCGGCGGCCUCGGGGACGCGGACGCGGAGGACGAGGAGGAGGCACCGCCCCGCGCGCUCCAGUCCAGGAUGGUGGGGUCCCGAAACUGGCGAGCCAUGCAGGACACGCGGAGGUACCGGCACCACUACCCGGAUCUGGUGGAAAGAGACGGCAACGGCGACACACCAAACCUGAAGUUCUACCAAAACGAUAUCCCAUUCAAGCCUAACGGCUGUCGCAUUAAGGACAUUCUUCAAAACUGGGAGAACGACUAUGACCUCCUGGAGAACAAUCACUCCUACAUCCAGUGGCUGUUUCCUUUGCGGGAGCAAGGAGUGAACAGGUGCGCCGAGCCCCUCACGCUCCGGGAGAUCGAGGAGUUUAAAAGCUCCAAGGACAUCAGGGAGCGGUUUGUCAAGGCCUACGAGCUCAUGCUGGGGUUCUAUGGGAUCGAGCUCCAGGACCAGAACACGGGCAAGGUGUGCCGGGCUGAUAACUACCAGAAGCGCUUCCAGAACCUGGACCGGCACAGCCACAACAACCUCCGCAUCACGCGCAUCCUCAAGUCGCUGGGCGAGCUGGGCCUGGAGCACUACCAGGCGCCGCUGGCCCGCUUCUUCCUGGAGGAGACGCUGGUGCACGGGGAGCUGCCGGGCGUGCGGCAGAGCGCGCUGGACUACUUCGUGUUCACUGUGCGCAGUCGGCGCCAGCGCCGCGAGCUGCUGCACUACGCCUGGGAGCACUUCAAACCCCGCUACAAGUUCGUCUGGGGGCCCCACGACAAGCUGAAGAGGUUCAGGCCGCACUCUCCGCCCUGUCCACCCCUACCGGUGGGCCCCAGACUGGCCGAGGGCAAGGAGAGCCGUGGGGAUCCCCUCCUUGCGGCUGGCGCCCAGGGGCGGACCUGUGAGCCAGAGAGGGAGGAGGAGGGGGACAGUGUGGCCCAGGGUUCCCAGCCAGCCAGCGCGGAGCCCCAGGAGGCGGGGCCUCUGGAGAGGGACCAGGGAGAUGAAGCCAGGGGCUGCGGGGAGGAGGGGCUGGAGCCCUCAAGUCCUAAGGAGAGCAAGAAGAGGAAGUUGGAGGUGAACCAGCGUGAGCGGGCCCUAGGGGAGCCGGCCCCCCAAGGCGCCUCGGAGGUGGAGAAGAUCGCCCAGAACCUGGAGGGCUGUGCCCUCAGUCAGGGCAGUCUCAGGGCAGGGACCCAGGAAAUGGGCAGCCCCGACCCAGGGGAGCCCGAGAAGCCCUGUCCCCAGCCCCCAGGGGCCAAGGUGACCGACGAGGUGAGGAAGCGAAGGAAGGUGGACCAGGGUGCCAGAGACGAAACUGAGGUGGCGGCUGGCGGUGAGGCCCAAACGCCAGCCCCCGCCUCUCCCCCUGCCCUGUCAGGGCACCCGGAGGCCCGAGAGGGUGAGAAUGGGAUAAAGGAGGAGGCAGAAGGCCCAGCGGGUCAGGAGCAGGGUGCCCCCAGGAGCCCGGAGACUGCAGGACCCACAGCGGAUGAGAGGGCUGAGGCGACGGAAGCGGGGCCUUCUCCUGAACCCCGAAAGCCCUAAGAGAAAAGAG